CCCCAUCCCAAAUAUGCACUUGAUCAUCCUGCGUCCCUCUCUCUCCCUAAAAAAACACUGUCUUUUGAACUUCAAUUCGAAAAUGCCCUCCUACACAACACCCACAUCCCGCUACCACGCCCUCACAACCCGCGACCCCCUCUCCAGCAACGCCUUCAUCUACGCCGUAAAAACAACAAACAUCUACUGCCGUCCCACCUGCCCGGCGCGCCUCGCCCGUAGAGCAAACAUCACCUUCUACAGCACCUGGCGCGAAGCCGAAGCGGCAGGGUUCCGCGCAUGUAAGCGCUGCAAGCCCAACGUCACCGUGCUUGACGACAAGCAGGAGCAAGCGGUGAAGAAGGCGUACUACGCCAGAAGACGUGGUCUACUGCGAGAAGACAAUGUCGUCUAUACCGACACUCGAGCUAGAUGCUUUAGCACUGCUCAACUGGGAUAAUAUGGCAAACAUGCCAUAGGGGCAGUCCUUAUAGCUUCCAUAGAAAAGCUACUUCGCUGUUGCACAAGCGCCAGCCUUUCCUCCCGGUCGUGACCCUACAUCUGCAAUCCUUAUUCAACACAUCAU